UUGAAAAUCAAAUGAAAUCUGAAGAACUAAAUAAAACAUUGCUUUUUGUUUGAGAGGCUUCCGGGACUUCUGUUGCCCGCCACGGGGCUCCGAACUUGGUUGAUUUUACAUUAUUUUCAAUGGAGCUUGAAUUGGUUCAGUGCACCCCUCAUUGGUCUCAAUUCACUGGCCUGAUUCACUAGUACAUGUACAAUAAGGGAGAGGGUAUUUUCUUCACAAUCAUGUGCAGUGGGAAUUGUGUAUGCAAACACAUGCUAAGAUAAUCGGACAGGGGAUGUUUCCGGCUGGCUUCAGGGACUGCCUGGGGUGAUCCCAAGAUUGAACCCCCUCCAAAAGUAGCAGCACGAGGGUUCAGGAGAAGUCACGGGGGCUUGGCUGGGUCAUGUGCAGCAUUUAGAAAAACAAUCAGAUCACAUGAUGUGUGACCAAAGGCUGUCCCGCCUCUCUUACGAAAGGGAAUGGACUGUAUUCAGCAUGUAUGAUUGUCUUGCCCAUAUUUUUUUCUUUUUUUUUUGCUGCAAUGAACAGAUAGCAGCAGUGUAUCUUUGACCUAUUAAACUCCCAGAAUGCAAUCGUGCGUGUAGUAAUUUGAAAUUGUAUUGAAUUUUUCCUUUUUAAGGAACUUACAAAUAAUCAGUCUGCUCCUGUCAACCCAACAUGACUUUGAAGACAUAUGCAGAUUGGGAGGAGGCGGUGAGGGUCGCCCGGGUCACUUAUGACCACUCGCAGGCCAAGUUGGUAACCGGAACGAAAGGUGUUCGGAAGUCUAAGCAAAAGGCUUUUCUCUCAGUGCUGUCAACGAAACGCCCUCUUAAUAAUGCCUCAUCAGAAAUUGAAACUCCAACGUCGCCUGGUGCUCAGAAUACACAAGCAACAGUAUUAAAUUCUAAACGCAGUUCCAGUCAAAGCACCAAAACACGGAAGAUCCAAAUCUUCAUUUCCACUUCUUGGGCAUCCUCUAUCUGUCUGCAACUGCGUCCGUCCACCUCAGUCGCUGAUCUUAAGAGAUUGUUACAAGAGAGACUUGGCAUCGAUUCUGAGAAGCAACAUUUAUUCACCCGUAAAGGCCUUGAGCUUUGUGAUGCCCUGUCCAUAGCUGAUCACAGCAUUGAACAUGACGCUACCAUAGAACUGCGCCUUGUUUCUGGAUUGAUGGGUGGGAGAAAAAAGAAACGAAAAUCAGAAAAGCAACAGGAACCUAAACAAAAUCUAACGUCAGAAGAUGCCUGGGCAUCUGAAGAACACUCCUCAGCAUAUCAGAUAUCAUCUUCACCAGAAAAGCGACUGGAACCUGAACGAAAGCCAACGCAGGAAGACGUCUCAGCUGGUGAAGAAAGCCCCUCAUUGUCUCAGAAAUCGUCUUCGACGAGCGGCUAUGCUGCUGAUCCCAACAGGCCUACACAAUCAAGCGUUCAAAUUCAAAACUUGACCAUUAAAGGAGUCACCAAUAGCCCUAUUAUACUUGGCCCCGCAGUUGCUUCUUCGUUUAACUACGCAAAGAUACCAGUAGAUGUCGAUGCAAUGAAAAAUGGAGAGACCCACAGAGAAAGCAAUGCAACAAUCGUGCAAAUGAUAAAACACGGAUUACGGCAACAUGGCAAGACCCACAUGAUGACCCUUUUCACAAAAGCUUUUGUUGAAUUCGACGCGGAGGUUGCACAUGCUCAAAUGGGGUCUGUGAAACUUGUUUUGCACGUCAAAAGUCAGAAAGGUCUGCAUAAGCUGUGGAACAUGUACACCAGUGGCGAACUAGCCAAGACGUUCACCGAGAUUCUGAUUACUGAUGAACUUACAACGGAAGACAAGAGCAACAUGGCCAUCAAAGUGACAAUACUUGAAAGUGAUUACCAGGAAGGUUGCAGAUUCUUUGAAAAGUUACAAAAAGAUACUCUAAAACAAGAGACGUUGCCUGUACGUAUGUCAGAUUGGACUAAGGAGCAUGUAAAAAUGUGGCUUCUUGGUAUUGGUGUACCAGAUUCUGUUGCACGUGAGCUGUAUGAGGAAGAGAUAAACGGUGAGGAGUUAAAAAUAUACAACAAAGACCAACUACACGAAGAUUUUGAUAUGAGAAAGGGGCACAUAAGACUCAUCUUACAUCAUAAAGAUAACUGGUUGAAAUCGGAAAAGCGUCAAUUGACCUCUCCUUCAAACAGUAAGCAAAUGUUGCUAUCUUCUACUGGGGAAAGCAAAGAGGAUUCUGAUCAGGUAUUAGCUGAUGCAGUUGUUGAAAAACCUGAAAAACUCCAUACCAAGGCAGCAUCCCAACCCGUGGUCCGUCCAAAAAUGCCGUCCUCUCGACAGAAAGAUGAGGCGGGUAGGAAGACGAAAAUUAAGCAGAUUGGACCAAGUGAGCAACAUCAAACAUCCCUUGUAAAAGCAUCUGAGAAGGAAGAAAGGGCACUGUAUGGAGAGAACAGAGGCCAAGAAUCCACAGAGGCAGAUAUAAUUAUCCCACCCGAAGAUAGAAUAACACCAUUUCAGAACCCAUUGGCUACCAACGAAGGUGAAAGCAAGAGCAAACAAGAUACCACAUUGCUAACAUUUUCUCCAGUGCCAAGAGAGAGUAUUUCAGUUUGCAGGGUAAAACCACCUCAAUUUUCUCCGGAUUCACCAAGUGAGGCCAUGUCACACAAAACAAGCGGAGAGUUUCCUGGAAACCAGAUGACUUCAGAGCCCCAGCCGUCCAAAAAGUAUAACGAAGAACAUCAUGGAACGUCAACAUAUUUGCAAACACAGCGCGAUAUUCCGUCAGAUAUCAAAGCGUCCAUUGGUCAAGUAUCACAGAACGGAGAAACCAGACUUCGUACUUUACUCACGGGCGAUGAGUGUGGAGAACUUGACCAGUCGUAUCCGUUACUGGUUGCAAACAAAGCUCCCUCUCUUUCCUUGGAGAGUUCUAAAACUGAAUACUUCCGAAAUGUUGAAUUUAUUAAGACAAUCAAAUGGGCAAGCGUCUUGGACUUUGAUUCACAGUCUCUGUCGGAUGGACUGUGUAAGCUCUACCAUGACAAUAGAAUGGUCACUCUGCAGCAACCAAAUUUGUUCAAAAACAUCGAGUCAAAAGAAGAUCUACAAACCAGUAUCGGAUUUCCUGAAAAGACACUUUGGCUUUUCGCUAACGGGCGAGAGGACAACCCAACCAUUGAAAGCCUUCCCAUGGAUCUGCAAGAAUGGAACAAAGAACGUAGCCGAGAUGUAGAAGCAUCAAUCUCUUUCUUCUCUUCGGUUAUACCAAAAGGACGUGCUGCUAUUGUGUUCUUGCUCCUGUCCGAUCAGGACCUGGGAAUCGUUUGUGACAUUUUCAGAAAAAUGUCUUCAUCUUUCCAAGGCAUACAGAACAUAACAUGUAUCACUGAAGAUGAGAAUGUUUACGCACAGUUUGUAAAAGGUGUGGAAAAGUGGUUUAGCAAGGCUGAAAUCGAUGAGAGGAGUGUGGUUGGACUGAAAUGGCAAGAUAUCAACCGUAUUAUGAUGCGAAUGCAUGCAGUAAACCAAAUUGGGCAGCAUGAACUCCCUUUCUGCUUGCCGGGAAAUUCCUGCUUUCUUCCCGCUAAACAGAAGGAAGAAUGGAAUGACAUAACCGUUAUUUGCAAAAACGAGUGCGAAAACACCGAUGUUGAUGAAUCAAUUCAAGGCUAUCAAAAGUUUGCAGAAAAGAAAGAACUUAACUUUUACCGGGGUGCAAAGAUUGACUGGUGGAAUUUUGUCAUAGAUGAAAGAGAAAGAAAACGUCCACAUGCUUGUGGGCACGUGCUAAAGCGAAAUGGAUUCGGGAAAACACUUCAGAAAGUAGUGAAACCACUUGACCGAUCAAAGAGCGAAGACAGCUUAAUCGUAACAGUUACUCUUUUGCACCAACCUGGCGCUGGAGGUAGCACUUUUGGCCGACAGAUUUUAUGGGAACUUCACAAGGAUCACCGUUGCAUCGUAGUUGACAAGAUAACCACCAAUACGGUAAACCAAAUAUUGGGGUGUAGACGGUACGGAUAUACGGAGUACAAUGCUGAUAUCCCUCCUGUGUGCGUUCUAAUCGAUGAUUUUGAUGACGUUGAAGUCCUGGAUUUAAUUGUAGAGCUAGAAGAGGCAUCAAAGGAUACUCCUAUGAAGGGAGGGGUUGUCUGCGUUCUUCUUCAUUGCAAGCGGAACAUGGAUCCAAUAGAAACUAUCAAGCAGAUUAAAACCAAUUCGGAUCUUUAUGUUCCAUUGGUGCAAAAACUUACGGAAGCAGAAAGAGCAUGGUUCGAGAGUAAGUACAUUGAGCUUGAUGACAAGGAAAGCAAACUAAAAACGGGUCAUUAUAAGCCUCAGAACUUGCUCGCCUUUAUGGUCAUGAAAGAGGAAUUCAACAAGGACUACAUCAAAGAUGUUGUGUCUCAGAUACUUCGUCACAGUGAUGCUAACAAAACUGAGAAAGGUUUGAUAAAAAUGUGUGCCUUUCUGAACUCGUACAUGCAUGAAGCAGAAAUCCCUAUCUCAUGUUGUGAUUCAUUCAUGGAGGCUGGCGUGAAACUCCAAAAGACGGCAUAUUUAAACCGCAGAGUUUUGACUAAUUGGGAAAAGUCAGUUUCAGCCCCUUUCAAAAUCAUCGUGUUGAUGACAGAGAACCGAACGAUUAAAAUUCUGCAUGAAAGUGUAGCUCAAGAAGCUUUAAAACAGAUCUUAAAGGAUGAGAGACAAACGAUUGCGGACGUAGCUCUGGAGUAUUUGAACAGUGACUUGAUGAGGUCAUGGUCCUACCGCAGAAAAGACAUGGCAAAAAUAGCACGCGAUCUACUUGUAAGACGCACAAGAUUGAAUCCUGGUGAUAAUACAAAAACUGAUUUCUCCCGUCUCAUUCAGGACGUCUACAAUUGCAACCAGCAAGGACCAAAAAAGGCCACUGAAAUACUACAAACAGGUUUCAAAAUACUCCAGGAUGCCUUCAUUGCACAGCAGCUUGCGAGACUUCAUUUGAAAGAAAAGAAUUUCGGAAAGGCCGUAGAGUUUGCCGAGAAGGCAUUGAAACUUAACCCUCAGAAGUCAUACUUUUGGGAUACAAAAGGCCGAGUGUACAAUACACAUUUCAAUGCCAUAACAAAAAAAUAUUUGGUUGAGCAACAAGUCCUUUCUUCUGACGUGUGUAAACAAGUUAUCUCCCUGUCAUUCCAAGCCAUGGAGGCCUUUCACAAGUCAUAUGAUGUCUCCAAAGAAACCAUGCAAAGACAGAGUACACCGGUUUAUAUGCAGAAGUGGAUGUCGCCUUCAGACUACAAAAGAGCAGUGACAUCGACCAAGACCCAGAAAGUCUUGCUGAGUGCCGUCGAAGAAANGGUAAUAAAACUGCAGUGCAGAAGUUUUGGUGACAUAUUUAAUCUGGCAAAAGAAUGUCAAAGGGCCAAUCUGAAAGAAGCACGGGACCUCCUUUUGACAAAUUCAGAUCAUUACAACGUUUUUGAUUUGAGGCAUCUUGUAUGCAUACACCUGGCGCUCUCCUCAGCAGGGGAGCAAGUAAUGUCAGCUGACGAGGUAUAUCAGCAAUUUGUCAGGCCGUUAAAUACUCUGGAUCAUAGUAAAACUGACUGCUGGCCACCUUUCUUCAUGAUGAUGUUUCUGUGGCCAAUACCUGAUGCAAUCUCUGAAAGAAGGGAUAGGGAAGAUUUAUCAACUCACAUAGAUAGAUUACAGAACCGAUGGAUCGGUCGGCAGAAGCACCUUGGCCAACAAUCGUCGCGCGAAGACAAGUUUAGUCGUCACGCACGUUUUGAUGUGAAACCAAGAACCCAUUUCUUUUUGGGUCACGGGAAAGAUCUCCAGAGUUUCGUUCACAUCCACGAAAUCCUUGCGACUCAAAGAAAGCUUGAACAUGACAAUUUCUGGCAGUCAAAGGCUGUAAAGAAAUUACUACUUCGCUUGGAAGGUACUCUUCUCAGUAAUACCUCUCUGGUUCAUCUUUCCAAGGGCAUGAAGAUAAGGGUUAAAUUGGCAUAUCCGUACUUGAAACACACUCCCAGCCAAGAAACUGUGACGUUUUACCUGGGAUUCAGCUGGAAUGGGCCAGUUGCAUACAAUGUAACACCAAAGGGUAAAGAGUCUUGUCACGAUACAGUUCAGUGGAACUUUAAUCAGGCGUACCCAGAGCACAUUUUGCCAAUCAACAAAACAAGGGUGUCCCCAUCAGAUGGCAUGGAAGCACGUGAACUGGAGAGACAAGUUCGAGAGCUAAGAGCCUUGAUAAAAGAGUGCAGCCGGUCAGAACGCCGCAAGAAGGAAAGACUGAAGGUUUAUCUGAAGGAGAAAACAGCCCAACUUAUCUCUGCUUGGCAGGAGGAUGAGGAUUGACCGUAAGCAGUAUUGUGCCCAGCAAGUCAUCACAGAGCCACUUUACUUGAGAGGACAGAAGUCCGGAACGACUCUCUUUGGGUAGCCUACUAAAACGAGACAGUACUACAUCGAUAUCUUUCGCAUUUUGUGGAUAUUCACAGUAGCUCUCCACACUUAAUAAAUGUUUAAUGACAAUAAUGCUUGAUUUCAAAUUUCACUCAGUUCAGACCUAUGGAAAUUAUGCACAUACGUUUCAGUUAUACGGACCAUGUUAAAAAGGCUCGUAGUACCAUUUAGCUAGUCUAUAAUUAUGACGUGCCAUUAACGCAUUUGGCCUAUAGAGUUUUCCAUUUUUUGCCAUUCGAAAAAAAGCUGGAGAAACCUGUCAGAAUGCUUUUUAACUGCUAUGAACUGUUCUUAAAAACUUCAGUACUUUCCCAAAUUUGAGCAGUGAAUUAAAACGCUUAAAAAGUACGCUUGUAGUUUAACUUGCUCUUAAAAUGAGUUAAAUAUUGUAGUAUUCAGAUAGCAAUCUAAUAAGAACUCUUCGGGCCUCUCUUUUGAGGCCUUUUGGGCCUUCUCUUUGAGGAUGGAACGGGAUGGUGUUAGGUCCACUCGUUUGGAUUGGUUGUAAUUGAUAACGAACCUCUUUCCGUCGUCUUUAUCUCCUUAAGGUCGUCAGACCUAUGGUCGGGGCAGAGGCGUUUCGCUUUGCUUCUACUUCACUGUACCAUGGGAAGCUAUUUUUUAAAGAUCCUGUUCGUUGAAUCUGUCAUAUUCAAUAUAAUCUGUUAAUGAGGUGGUGCCAAACUAAUAUUUGUUCCGAACUUCCUAUAUUUAGAUGUAGUUUGUAUCAAAUUUGAAUCACUCCAAACAAAAAUUAGCAGGAUUUUGUAUGGACUUUUAUUUAGUCACAGUUAUUUUACUCUGAGGUUACAAAAUGAAAAGUUUCACCUCACUUUAAACUCAAGAUGGUCGACACAUGAAUAAUGUCUCUCUACGCCCCUGUAUUAGAAAACUACAAAUAUAAAUGCAGAUUCAAAAUAAUUUCGUGGGUCGUAAUUAGGGGGGAGGGGUCAAGGGGCAUGCCCAAGCAGUUGCUUCUUACGGGGAAGAAGAAGCUGUGAUGGCUUUCUAUCACAAAGUUCCUAAGAGAUUAACAGUUGAUGGAACCGGUUUUGUUCAGAUUCUUAUGUUCUUUAAUUAGCUUGGUUUUCAAUGUGCCGUACUGAUUCACUAUCGGAGGGCUAAUUAACACACCCAUAACCUCGGGCUAUCUCCUAUUGAAGUGAGGACACUACAUAUGCGAAUUUAAUUGCUCGUAAUUUGGCGAGUUUGGAAUUGCGCCUUUAUUGUGCAAACCAUGGACGGUGGCAAUUUAAGACUCACCGCCGACAAGGGUUCAACUACAUCGGGUGCUUUGGCCAUCAUGAAAAAAAGGAUAAUGUAUGCAAAGUAUUUACAAACUGCAGAAGAGUUUUCUAAAUUCUUACAUUGAAGAAUUAUUUCUCAGUACUUGGCAGUCGAAAGCAAAGGAUCUACACAUUUCAAAGAACCACCGCUGUUUUGUUUUAUGUAGACCGUAAUAGAGGUGUACAAAAUGGUUUCUUACAACUCGUGUGGUUUUGCCACGACGAGUUCUCUUUGCAGUCUUCCGAACAGAAUUAUGCCUAAACAGUGUUUUUAAAGUAACUCCGUGUUGCUCGAUUAAAUUGUGAUUAAUGAUUUGAUUAUUUACAUCAUCUAGGGAAGUUGUAUUAAGUUCGUGUUGAAACGUAUGAAGCGAGGUUGGAUAUAAGAGUUUCUUCCUCCGCUGAAACUUUACAAACGACACGGGUGGAAUGGUUGCAACUAAACGCUAGGUAAGUAUCAGGCCGUGCAGUUAAAAUUGCCUCCUUGAAAAUUAAGCAGUUCUGAAAACAAACUUUCUGCACUGUGAUAUGAUGGUUUGAAAACGCGAUUCUCACGAUUUUCGUCGUAAGCAAAAGUUGUAACGUCGUUUAUUCCCGCGGCUAUCCGUACAAUGACUUGGUUCUCUUGAGGGUAAGUGUGAAGCUUAGGUGUUACAACAAUAAAGAGCAGAAAGUUUGGAA